AUGGAUCAGAAACUGCCAAACACAUUGAAGCAUUUGGUUAACUUAAGGCAUCUGUAUAUAGAAUAUGAUGUAGAGUUGCCUGCGGAGAUUGGGAGAUUAACUAGUCUCCAAACACUACCUUACUUCAUGGUGGGCGAAGAGAAGGGCUAUCAUAUUGAAGAACUCGGAAAUUUGAAAAAUCUCAAAGGAGAAUUGUCUAUUACAAAUCUUGAGAGGGUUCGUGACAAAGAAGAGGCUCUGAAAGCCAAAAUAAUGCAGAAAGAAAAGUUAUCUGGAUUGCGUUUUGGAUGGAACUGUAAUCGUCCGGGUGAAAAUAAUGAUGAGAGUGUGUUGGAAGGUCUCAAACCUCAUGCAAAUUUAAAGAAGUUGACGAUUGAAGGAUACAGUGGCAAAAGAUUUCCAUCAUGGUUACGAAAUGAGCCUCAAGGCUCUUACUUACCACUUCAUAACUUGAUUGAGAUAAAUCUCGAUUAUUGCUUACAAUGUGAGGAAAUUAUAUUGGACCACUUACCAAAUUUAAGGUUGCUCUAUAUAAAAGAAUUAAAGAGUUUGAAAUGUUUGUCAAAAAUGUUUUUCUAUAACAAUCGCAAUCUCUCGUACUUGCACAUUGCAGAAUGUGAUAUGUUGACAGCAUUACCAGAUGGACUGGACACCCUGAAUUCUCUGCAUACUUUGGUAAUAGAAAGGUGUGAAAAUCUGAAGUCGAUUGGGAAACCAAGUUGUGGAGAAGGAGAAAAUCAAGGAAUCCUCAAUCGGCUGAGCAUUGUAGACUGCGGAAAACUGAUAGAAUUGCCAUAUCAAAUGGUAGAUUCAUGGGCCCCUACAAUUGAGUUUCUCAAAUUGGAUGGCUUAAGGAGCCUAACGAAUCUACCAAUGCUAAUUGACUGCCUCAGUAAGUCAUCUCCUUGUCUUAGAGAAUUAACAAUCAGAGGCGUUCCUAUGAUGUCUGCUGGAAGUGUUGAGAGUUGGAAUUUAGGUAGCUUGUGGAAAUUAGAAAUAUAUGUGAGUGAGGAGUGGUCAAAAGAGAAUAGUGUGGCCAUUAAUGACACUGUGAAUGGCAUAUUGGAAGGUUGUUGCAACUCACUUCAUACAUUAAAAUUAAGAGGAGUGGAAAAUUGGGAGUGGCUGCCUCAAUCAAUUCAACGUCUCACUUCUCUUCCUUUCUUACAGUUAGAAAAUAUAGGGAUAGAAGAAUUGCCGGAAUGGUUUGGAAACCUCUCAACUCUAACGCAGUUACAUCUAUAUGGCUGCACAAAGUUGAGGUGCCUGCCCUCUGUGGAUGCAUUGAAGCUGCUCAUUAAAUUGAAAUUGUUAGAAAUUAAAAACUGUCCAAAACUAAGUAUUGAUUCGGAGUGGCGCAACCAUCCCAAUCUCCAAAUCAUGGUUGAUGGCAAGCGCAUUUGA